AUUUUGUGGACGUCUUGGUUUGUCACUUCCGCCAAAACUAAAACAAAUGGGUAAUGCUAGCAGUGCUGAGUAGUAAUCAGUAAUCAAAUCAAAUUGAUUUUAUGUUAUAGUUUAUAGUGUUUAAGGGAUCUCGCGAUUCGACUGGCGGCCGUAUAGCACCAGGUUCAGCACUCAUGGAACCGUCCGCUAAGAAUGGGACCAACCAGGUGGCUGAUGUGGUGUUUGUCAUUGAAGGGACGGCAAAUCUUGGCCCCUACUUUGAAUCUCUGAGGAAAAAUUACAUACUUCCGGCUAUUGAAUAUUUCAAUGGAGGGCCCCCAGCUGAAACAGAUUUUGGUGGAGAUUAUGGAGGGACACAGUACGGUCUUGUGGUGUUCAACACAGUGGACUGUGCUCCUGAGUCAUACGUCCAGUGUCACGCACCAACCAGCUCUGCCUUUGAAUUUGUCUCAUGGAUCGACAGCAUCCAGUUCAUGGGAGGUGGGGCAGAAAGCUGUAGUCUAAUUGCAGAGGGACUGUCUGUGGCCUUGCAGCUUUUUGAUGACUUUAAGAAGAUGAGGGAACAAAUAGGUCAGACACACAAAGUGUGUGUGCUGCUGUGUAACUCUCCUCCGUACCUGCUUCCUGCUGUGGAGAGUGUGAGCUACACCGGCUGCACAGCAGACAACCUGGUCAAAAUCAUCAGAGAUAGAGGAAUUCACUUCUCUGUGGUGGCUCCUCGGAAGCUGCCCGCUCUAAGAGCUUUGUUUGAGCGGGCGUCUCCUGUAGGAGGUGUGGUUGAACCUCAUCCAGACUACAGUCAGGACCCCUUCCACAUGGUCCUAGUCAGAGGCAUUUCACUUCCUGUCUCCUCAGGUGGAGGACCUGGGCCGCUCAAACCUGUUCUUCCUCCUCAGCAGCUGACUAUCAGCCAGCCUCCUGGUGGAGCUUCACAGCCCCCUCCACCCAUGAACACAACCCACCCUUAUCACGUAAUGGCACAAAAGUCACACAGCAAUCCAGCCACCAUGACUCCUGCUCAGAUGGCUGCACAGAUGGCCGUAGAGGAAGCCAACAACCAGAAGAGUCGCUUCCCAGGAAUGGUCAAUCAAGGUCCUCCAUUCACCAGUCAGCCAGCCAUCCCAUCAGUCCCUGGGGUGAAGCUCAAUCAGCCCAGCAUAUCAACAGUCACCACAGCAACGCAGCCUGUGAUGCCACAGCAACCAGUUGCUCCCAAUCAGCAGCAGCAAAUCCCGCCCCCAGGACAGCCCGUACCCAAUCAGCAGCCGCAGGCACCACCUCAGCAGCCACCCUCAGCAAAUCAGCCCACAGCUCCUUCAGCACAACCCAACAUGCCUGGUGUGCCUGGAGGUCAAGGCAAUGCAAAUCCAAUUGGACAGCAGCAAGGUGUGGCCAAUAAGAUUGUAGCAUGGACUGGCGUCCUGGAGUGGCAAGAGAAGCCGAAAGCCUCUACCAUGGAUUCAACCACCAAGCUGACGCGCUCUUUGCCGUGUCAAGUGCAUGUUAACCAAGGGGAAAAUCUAAACACAGACCAGUGGCCACAGAAGCUCAUCAUGCAGCUGAUUCCACAGCAGCUACUGACCACCUUAGGCCACCUCUUCAGAAACUCUCGAAUGGUUCAGUUUCUCUUCACCAACAAAGACGUGGAGUCGUUGAAAGGGCUGUACCGCAUUAUGGCCAACGGUUUUGCCGGCUGUGUCCACUUCCCCCACACUACUUCUCCCUGUGAAGUGCGGGUGCUGAUGCUGCUCUACUCGUCUAAGAAGAGAAUAUUCAUGGGCCUCAUCCCCAACGACCAGAGCGGCUUUGUCAACGGCAUCCGGCAAGUCAUCACCAACCACAAGCAGGUCCAGCAGCACAGAGCGCAGUUGGGCGGCGGAGGGGGUCCGAUGCAGCCUGGUCAGGUUGCCCCCAACCAGAACUUCCUCAACAGGGCCCCUGGUCCCAUUCCCGUCUCCCACAGCAACGUCCAGCAGCAGUCUGUGGUGGUUGGCAUGCCCCCUGUUAGUCAGGUCUCUAUGAUGGAGGAGCAGCAGAGGCAGAACAACAUGAUGACAAUGAGAGCAGCAGGGCCAGCCAAUCAACAGCCGCCUGUCACCGGUGCUCCACCCAACCAGGUCGCACAGAGCGGACAACCCCAGCCCCAGGGUCCCAUCCUCCGCCUCCCAAACCCAGGAGCCAAUCCACAGCUUCGUAGUCUUCUCCUCAGCCAACAGCAACCGGUAAGAGUGCAACAGCAGGGUGCAGUGUCUCACAUGCCAGGCAUGAUGUCUCACCAGGGUUUAGGGCAGCAGUUGGUCCAUCCCACACCAGGAGGGGGGGCUCAAAUGCAGGGCCAGUGGAGGCAGCCUUUGACAGGUCCCAUCCUGAUGUCUGGAGGUCAGAGAGGUGCUGUGCCACAGUCCGGGAUGCCCCAAGUCUCCAGUGUCAUGGAGGAUGAAAUCCUCAUGGACCUUAUCUGACUGAGCAUCACAGACUCAGGAUCAGGGUUUUUACUGGAGUCUCAGAAACCAUUUGCCUGCUUGGACACAUACAUCUGCUCCGUUGCUGUGUUGCUACAAAUAUUCAUCAUAAUUAAGGAACGCAUCAUGAGUAGUUUCUUCUUCUUUUAUAUUUUACAGCACUGGGCAGCUGAACUUAAUUAGGGGCUGACAAUGCGAGCAUUAGUUUUUCAUGUUAAACGGUCAAACCACCGCACACUAAUCCUCCAUGCUACACACUGGCUGAAGCCAAGCCAGUGGAAACAUUUAUGUUACGCCUCUGGAAACUCUGAUUUUCCAUAAGUUUUACAUUUUGCCUCCGAAAUCUGAAAUAGUAUUAUAUUUUUUUUCCUUUUAAACUGAGAUUUAACCUGUUUCUGUUAGAAUUUUUUUUAUUAUUAUUGCGCCGAGUUGUUUUACGAGGAUAAAAUAAAAAAUUGCAGGUGCAGAGAUGACUGA